CCAAAAUAUACAACAACAUCUCUGAUCUGACAUGAUUGCUUUAUGAGAAGCAUUUAUAUAUGUAGCCCUCAAAUCCCAAUCACUAAAAGAUCUUUAAUUUGUUUGUUAAGAAAAGUUCCUCCAUUCCCUAAGACCCCAAGAAUGGGAAACCUAUAUGAUAAUAGGCUAACAGUGUCUGUAGAUGAGUUAUAUUUCAAUGCUGAAAACAGUAGCAUCAACAAGAGGGGGAGGAUGGGAAGGAGGAACUAUGAUGCUGAUGACACAGUAGUGUACAAAUCCAAGAACCUUGAGACUGAAAGGAGGAGGAGACAGAAGCUGAGUGACAGGCUCUUGAUGCUGCGCUCCUUAGUCCCCAUCAUCACAAAUAUGAACAAAGCAACAAUAAUUGAGGAUGCCAUCACUUACAUUAAGAACCUUAAAGACAAAGUUGACAGUCUCACCCGAGAGCUUCAGGAAAUAGAAGCAACAUCGGAGACAACACUUGUAGAACCAAAGACUAAUGAGACUAACAAUGGUGAAGCCAUGAAAGAAUGGGGGAUAAAGGAAGAGGUGAGAGUGACCAACAUUGAUGGAAAGAAGCUGUGGUUGAAGCUGAUCAUCGAGAAGAAGAAGGGAAGGUUCACACAGUUGAUGGAUGCCAUUCAUUCGUUUGGCAUAGAGCUCAUAGACACAAAUGUUACAACCAUGAAAGGAGCACUUUUGAUCACAGCUUCUAUACAGGGCAUGGAUGGUGAAGCACUUGUGGUUCAGCAAACCAAAGAGUUGAUGCUAGAUAUUAUCAACUCCACACACAGCUAUUGACAUUUUUAUUUUUAUUUUUACUUGUUCAUUUGUUCAUCAAUUCAUGUAUUAAAUGAUGAUAUGAAUUAACUCAUUAAGAGAG